AUGUUUGAUGCACCUACAAGCACACUGUACAAUUCUUUAAACACUCUGCUGGACAGUCCUAAAGAAUAUUUAGCCGAUGUCUGUUUUACAUUUCCAUCCACUGAAAUCUAUGCUCAUCGAGCCAUCAUCUUGACUAGGGCACCAAGAGAAUUUCUCGAACGUUAUCUACCUGAAUUAUUGGAGGAGGAUCACAUUGCAGAUAUUGAUUUACCAAUCAAGUUGGAUAUAAGCAAUAUCAUCUCUCAAGAUGUAUUUACACCAUUGCUUCGAUUUUGGUACACUGCUUCCUAUUAUAGCCUUGUAUCACCUCAAUCAAGUAUAUCAGAUUUGUCGGUCAAUACCCCUAUCAAUGGCUCCCCUCGGUUGACUGGAAAAGAUGCUUUACUGCAGCAGCCGGCUAUUCAAAGUCCACCUCCAGGCUUUCAAUCAUCAGACAUUCAACAAGAACUGGAGCAACUAGGCAUUGAACUAGGCACUGCUUUGCUACCACCUCAUUGUGAUUCAGUGCCAGACUUUGUACAAUUAGUAAGCGACUUGAAGCGAAUGCGGGACGAAAAAAUUGCUACCGAUGUAACAGUUAGUCUUAUCUCGAGCAGCAGCGCAGCAUCAAAUGAUGUGAGCCACAGCAGCAGCAGCAGCAGCAAUAACAGCACUCAGUUGACCACCAUUCCAAGCCUCUUGUCGACUUCGCCUGAAAACCAUAUCCAUCCAGUGGACAUUACAGUAGCAGAAUUCCGAGCCCAUCGCUUCCUGUUGGCAGCGCAAUCACCCUACUUUUACUCGCUGUUUUGCACGCAGUUCCAAGAAGCAUCCAGCACCAUGGUACACUUGACAGAUGACCUGUUCAAUGAAGCCAUCAUUGAAGUGGUACUCAACUUUUUUUACACCGACAAAAUUAUUGUGAAACCACUGCCCACCAACAACGCCAAGCUCUCCUCGCCAUUGCAACGUCGACUCCAACACAACAAACAUGCACUGCGAGUGAUACAAAAGGCAUUUUAUUCCGCAGAUUAUUUGGGUCACAGUGAUACACUGGGUGGCGCUAUCUUGCACGAAAUGGAGAGGCUAUGCCACCAAUUCAAAUGCGUGUGCGCAGAAUGUGCUGUGCUGCUGCCUUCCAUGCUGGCUUGGUCUGAUAAACAUGUAGAGGCCGUACCUAAACUGAGACGCACCUUGAUCCUGCUGUACUCGGAUCCUGUGCAUUCAUUGGCUCCUCUAUGGUCGCAGCGACCCUUUGCCAUGCUGAUUACCUCCAUGGUCCCUUCUGCCGCUUCGUUGGGUGAAGACACACUGGCAGCUGUCACCAAACAAGAACCACUGUUUCGUGCCAGAACGCCCAAGACCCUCAUUCAUGAAAUUGUAGAACGUACCUUUUACAAUGUGACCAAACACAAUGCCAUUCAUGUGCUCCACUCGCUGCAUCUCUGCUUAUCGCAAAUUCGCAGUGCUGAUCCCUGCCCUUCCUGGUCUCGUCCUGCACUGGACCUUGUCAACCCAAUUCUGCACUAUACGGUCGGCAUGGUGUCUCAGUUCUUUGAUUUCUACUGUGUAGAGUAUCCCAUUUUACUGUCUUGUGUGGAUGGCAUUGGAGCAGGCUUCUCUGUCGACUUUCUGGAUUUUUUGUUGCGCCAUGUACUCAAUGAAGGCAUCACGGAAACAAAUGCCGGUGUCAUUUACCAAGGUAUUCUUCGUGAUCUCGUAGGGCGUCAAGAAGUCGUGCAGAACAUGGCCAUUGACGAUGUGCUGAUUAAGGGUCGAUCCGGUUGUGCUGCCUACAUUGCAAAAAAUUGGACCAAGGUCAAAUCACAGGGCGGGUUUCGUACAUUGGAUAAAUCCACCAUGCGCCAAUUAGCCGAAGAUAUCAACGUGCCUUACCGUUCAUUGACCAAGCCGUUUGAUACCGACUUUUCCAAUAUCUUUAGUUUCAAGCCUCGCAAGUCCAAAAAGUACUAUCAAAAUGCACAAGAUUGCAAAAACGCUGCAUUGGCCGAAGUGUAUACGCGUCGUCUAUCGCUUGGCCAUCUGAUGACUCGAUCUUCCACUACGCAAGCCAGUGAAUCUUCUCGUCGUGUGCAAAGACCCAGAGCGCUGUCUACUGAAUCUGUGCUGGUGUCUAGUCUCAGACGUUAUCACACAGAUCAAACGGCACCGCCCAGUGACAACCAGCCCCUGAUCAAUAUGCUAGCCUAUGAAACUCUAGAAAGGGGACGACAAUUAGAGGAGGAAGACAAUCGCAGCGAACCACUGACAAACACCAUGUCUGUAGAAGAGCACGAAAUCCAAACAGCCACCCAAAAUAACACUAUUGCCAACACGUUAUCUGAAUUCACGCGUCCAUUGCUUCGUACGAGCUCGUCAUUUACAUCAUUAACAGAUCAACUGUUACCUGUCGAUGUCGUCUUGCAAACGCAUGUAUCACCCACAUCUCCACCACCAUCUUCACAAACCAUGCCUGCUUGCAUCACAACACGCCCCAGUAGGCUCAAAUUCGAAUUACCAACUACACCCGCUCGGUCCAAAUCUCCCAGCGCUCCUUCAACACCAUCCUCAUCCUCCAUGCCAUCUUUGUAUAUCCAAACUAACAACAACACAAACGCCUCUGCUGCUGGUUUCUUAUCUCCUCCAGUCAAUCAGAAGCACAGCAGAAAUCGAAGAGGCAGCAAGACGCGUCGGUCGAGAUGGAGUAUCGGUAGUAAUAGCGAUGUGAGUGAUGAUGAGGAAUCCUCUCUUCCUCCUGCAGUAGGUGAUAAGAUUGAAUUAUUGCGUCGUCCUUUGCCAACCAUGGGUACUAUCAAAUACAUUGGCCCGGUUCAGUUUGCAGAAGGUCCUUAUAUUGGCGUCGAACUUGAGAGCAGAUUGGGUAAAAGCGAUGGCUCAGUAGAUGGUGUGCGGUACUUUCAUACAGAUCCUCAAAGAGCACUGUUUGUAAAGCCUGAUGAUUUCAAAAUCUUGAGCAACAGUCAUACAAACAAUCAUCACAGAUAG